CUAGUAUCAGGUCCAUAGUUGGACCUGGUCCCUUCUGCAUGAAUCCAACUCACAUCCUGUAACUUACUAACUUCGCUUAACCCCUGUAUUGCCAAGUUCAAGUCCGAGCUCGCCUACCCUUGCCCGCUUUCUUGCAUAUAAACACAUCCCAGACGCCUGUGUAACGCUUUCCUACAAAACUCUAUUCUCAAGGACUUUCCCGCCCCUUCAGCACCAGUAUGCAACUUCCUAUCCUCUACCUGGCGUCUCUUGCGCCCUUGGUCGCCGCCCACUUCGAGCUCAAGUACCCAACUAGCCGUGAUGGAAGUGAAGACACGAUGACCCAGUUCCCCUGCGGCGGAGCUGCCCAGUCAACCAACCGCACGCAGGUGUCAAUUUCCUCCGGUUCAUUCCCUGUGGCAUUGUCCAUGGGCCAUUCGCAAAGCGCCGUGGAGGUUCUUCUGGCUCUGGGAACCGAUCCCGGUACCAACUACAACAUCACCCUUCAUCAGACCUUUGAGAUUGAGGGAUUGGGAGCCUUCUGUCUCCCACACGUGCUGUUCGACGAAUCCAUUCUUGGUACUAAUAUCACCGAUGGAAUGAACGCCACUGUCCAAGUUCAGAGCAAUGGCGACCCUACCGGAGGUCUCUAUGCUUGCGCUGACAUCCAAUUUUCGUCCACCGUCGAAUACGAAGAACCAUCAUCCUGCAAAAACAACACCGGCGUCACUGCCAUUGCUUUCACCGGAGCUGCAGCACAGCGCAACGCCAAUGAGUCCACUUCCACCGGAGGAGCCCAGGACAGCUCUUCCUCGUCCUCUACCACCUCGAGCGGCUCAAGCACCGCUACCUCCACCGGUGGUGCUGUUGCAUUGGAGACCGCUGCAUGGGGAAUGCUGGGUGCUGCGGUUGUUGGUGGAAUGGCUCUUCUGUAAGAGCUAGGUUAUGAACUUGUGGUUCUGGCAUCCAAUAUGGUGGCCAGGUAUCGCGACUAAUCUUUUACGGUGCAUAAGGCUAUCUGGUUACGACUCCGGGAGACGCCUUUUCUACCAUUCCCCUCUUUUACCUAUAUGUAGUGGAAGAGUGUCCCAGUGACUUUCACGCAUUUAUCCUCUCAAGUCCCAAGCUCUACGGAAAUGGAAGAACCAAUAUCAUCUGUUUAGAGCUCUAAAUCAUCGCCCAUGCGGCGAUCUCAAGCUCUUCUGUUUGACGAUAAGAUCAACCCUACUAUCGAGACCCCAACAUCGGUAAAGCGUAUGUCGAGUUCCAAGUCGUGCACUUGGGCUUGCGACGUCUUCUGGAUGACAAUCUUGAGGACACCUCCCCAGACCUUCCCCGGUCCUCAUUUGAUAAGACUGGAUGUGGAAUACGCACUAUUUGAGAUAUAAUUCUCCACUAUAUAAUAGACAAUAAGACCAAAG